GUUAACUACUAACUACAUAGACAUGCAUACCUAACAGUUACAUACCUACCUAGUAAGUAAAUACAUACAAAGCCUUAACCUUGUAUUUGCAUGGGUCCAACAUUGAAGCUCUCCCAAUUAUUAUUUUGAUAACUAUUCUUUUUCUCGUCCUGCGCGUCGCAAUAAUCUGAAAAUCAACACUUUUCUCACUCCACUCUCUUUUUACAACUACCCCUACUAUUGCUCCUACACCUACUCCCUCUCAUACUCCCUUCACAUGCAUCCAAUGCCCAUUCAACUGCGCAUUGCCUGCUAAAAGCUGCAGCAAUGGCAGAAUCACUGUCCGACCUUGUUUACCUGCCCUCCUUGGAACUUUGCUUGAAGGGCGACACUAUUGUUCUAUCAUGGAAGUUGGUAGCUUCUGCAUUGACUGACCCUUCUGGGCAUCGACUAGAUAGCCAUGCUAUUAUCGACUACUUGACCGAUCCUCUCGUCCAGUCCUUCUUCACUAAGCCAGGCUCAGCUUUCGAUCCCCCAGCGGACAAGAACUCUCACCAUGCAGCCUUCGUCAAGAAGACAGCCGCUAUUCAAGUUACUCCAGCCCCGAAUGACAAAUACGACAUCAAUGUCAUCAAAGAGGAUGCUCUCUGGCUGAGCAGGAAUGCUCGCAUAAAUGAGAUUGCUGCUCUACGAGUAGUGGUUGUGGAAUUCCAAUCCCGACCACAGAGCCAACUCCUCGGCCCCAUAUCAAACCAGGAUGUCGCAAACCUACGCGAAGCCGCUGGUGCUGCGAAUGCGCAAACAACCAACAUCCUCCCUGGAUUUAACAUCGCCAGCACACUUGACGCUACAGAGAUACAGGCGAACUUUGAGAAACCCGAGAGCAGGAAGCGUCGCAUAUUCCAGACCUACCUUGACGAGUGUCGAUACUACGCCGCUACAAAUGAUUAUAUACUCACCCUGAUGCUGCAGGAGUCCCUGCCUAUGUUGCCCGCAACCGAUGCGUCGAGGACGAUCCGCAAGUCAUUCUUGCAAGCGUAUGGCAUGUCUCCGAAGCAGCCUCAAAAGUCUCCACUUGACACGCCUACCAAGACCUUUCAUGCUCUCGUAACUCAAUAUCUAAACAUACUGCCAGACUCCGUCUCGCGUUCUCAAGCUGCCUUGGAUGCCAUGGUCGACGACAAAGUCUUGUCAACCGAAGAACUCAACGAGCGAUGGAUCCAGACAUGGCUCACCGAAUCCCUACACCGUAUGGUUGUGAUCUUCCAGCUAUUGGACUUGUCAAGCGACGUCUUCGUAUCAGCCCAGGUAGCCCAGCAGUGGUUUUCGUUGGUCAGCGCAUUCAGCUUUUUGGGCCAACUUCAGUCGUAUCCGGAGAGCAUAUCAGAUCUCGUAGCUGCCUUACAGAGCCUCGUUUGCGUCAUCUCACUAUCAAUUCUUAAUCUACCUAGGAUGAUGGCCUUUUUCGAAGGAGAGGUAGACUUGAAUACAGACGACGAAUAUCUCGCAUCUUCGAACGUCCUUGAGCACAUACACGACGUGCUUGAAGGCGCAAUCGCCUCAGGUUCAUUAUAUGCAGUUCCAGUUUUAUUCGCCUGGGUUCCCGUCGUGCAUGCCAUGUUCUCGUCUUACCAAGAACGUGCGGAGAGGCGGGAUGCCAUUCAAAACGAGAAGGCCGUGGAAAACUAUGAUUCAACGACGCAAAUGAUCCCAAGUGCCGGGAGGCGGAACUCUGCAGGGAGUAUCACUACAAUUGACAAGCGGAGGUAUGACGACUUCCUUAUUAACAAGAAUUUGGACCGCGAUUUCAGGCGAGUCCAGACUCUGGCAGUGGUAGUUACGGACGAGGCACGUGUUUACGAUGUUAUUGCUGCCAUGUCAUCGUGUCUAGGUUCUUCUGAUGGUGCCAUAUUUCCUGCUUGCAUGGGCUCCCGUAUGAGAGCCACGUUUUUAGAUCUGCUCAGAAUUACCUAUCCUUUCGUGGGCUACAAGUCCGAGCCGGUCUUUGCGCUGCUAGCCAUCCUAUCCGGUGGCCAAGGCUACUGGGACCUCUCACGACCCAACAACACAUCCGCAGAGCAAGAUAUACUCACCCUAGCUCUAAACGACGAAAUCGUCGUUGAAAACUAUUUCCACCAAGCUCUAAACCGAUUUCCAUACGAGUUCAUUCCAUUUAUCUCCCUAUGCCGCACCCUCUACGGAUCCCAACAUACCACUAAAGACAGCAAUCAUGAUCUCCUCCUCAAACUAUUACAAAAAACGCCUACUCUCACCUUCACUCUACCUGACCAUUUCGUGGAUUAUCAACUUGCCAAUGAGGAGGAUAACUCCAACGGGUUUCAGUUCCUCGAGGAUUUCCCCCUUAUUUCGGCAGCAGCUAACUGGAAGCGGUUGGCGGCGGAAGAGGAACCAUUUAUAAUACCAGCAGGCACGUACGGUCGCUUCAUUGUGGACGAAGGACGGAUCGUGCGAGUUGAAUAUGAGCACUCUGCCCUCGCUCUACUCGGGAAGCGACUAGAUGCCAAUCUUGCCGCCAAGAAGUAUGAUAUGGAGCUCGGAGAACUCAGUAGGGAAGAAACAGCAGAGGCCAUCUCGCUGCUUGCAACUCUAAUACACAUGGAAUGCCGUACAGCAGCGAGUUCGAACGAUAGUUCUUCCAACACAUCCGAAUCUGCAUUGGCCAUUAUAGGCGAAGCGAGUCGGGCGCUGUCGCGAACUAAAGAUAUCAUAUCAGUUGUGUGUGAUACAAUGGACGUUCUGCUAGACGGUGAAACCGAUAAACAGGAGCCAGCUGCUCUAGUGGCCUGUUUACAAUUUCUACACGCCAUCUUACCAAUAUGCCCGGGUAGGGUUUGGUCAUAUAUGUCGCGCUGUACGAUCCUCAGCAACGAAGGUCAGGGCGGCCGGCUGGCUAGAUUGGUUGGAAGCCUUGACUUGUCGGAAUCUCGGUUCAACUUACUGACAUCUGCUGUGCGUCUCUUCUCAAGUCUUAUCGACAGUGCUAUGAGUAGCUCCGUGCGGCGGAAAACAAGUACCAAGACAAACCCUCGUCAAAAUCAAGCUCACGACAUUUGGCUUGGUGUUUCUGACAAGGUAGUAGGUCAGGUUUCCCUGUCAAUCGUACAAGCGGCCAUGGAUAUUCUAGAGAGUUCGUCUACAUGGAGGUUCUCGUCCGUUCUGGAUCGAAUGAUAUUAGUACGUGACGUGGUACCCAUCCUAGACAAGGCCGUCUUCUAUACGUUUAGCAUGGACGACAUAAACUCCAAAACGUAUUUAAUGUCAGCACUAGAACCGGCGGCCAAGUACGUGAUCGAUAGCUUUCUAGCACCGUCCGCCGGAAGCCUCCGCAUCCAGCCACUUCUUGUGACCCUGGUGGCUGCAACACAACCGUUUGGAUCUACUAUAUAUAUCAACAGGACCGAGGCCUUCCGUGCCCAAACCGAAGCGGUACUCGGACUCGCAAGGAGCCUAGUGAGGGUGGCAAACUAUUUUGACCGGCCCUCUUCCACGGUGGAGAACCAGUUAUUCAAAGCGACACCUUUUGUUGCCCGGGUCUGCGCUUGCCAUGAUGCUUUCAGAGGACCAGCUAUCGAGCUACUAGAAGCGUUGGUGAUCAGCGCCGGCAAAAGCUCCGGUGAACCGCCUUCCCUGCUUGGAUACUUAGGUCCACAGACAUCCCGUUCGUUCAUUCAACUUUUGUCAACCUUGGACAGGCCUUUCAACCAGGCCCGAGAGGUCAGCACGAUUUGGAGAUUCUUUUCCACUAUUAUCCGAAAUCGUCAGCAAUGGAUGGCCAACUGUCUGCUCACAGGAAAAACGCCACGUGAUGUCAAGACAGGUAUCAGCAAGGCAACGGAGGCAUCCUCAAGCUCUGUCCUCGUUUCUGCUCUCGACAGGCUUGUCUCGAUAUCUAAGUUGGAAGAGUCCGAGACACUUGCUAUCUUGGAUUUUGUUACCUCAGCCCAAAACUUCUGGCCAUGGACUAUCUUUAUCCUACAGAAGAACAGCAGCUUUUUCACCGAACUACGGAGCUUCGUCCGCGACCUGAAGCCCUCGUCUAUUACUUCCAAAUCUAAUGCAUUACAAGCCUGUAAUGAAGCUCGGCUGGCUGCUUACAUUGGCGAAAUAUUUGCCAUGCAACUCUUCCAUCUCCGACAAAUAGGUCAAGCAGGUGCAUUCGCCAACGAGUUGACACGCGACCUGGACUACUAUCUGCGUGAUGGUGUAACCGUUUCCGGUUACAACAGAGGCCUGCAUGUAAAUUUCGCUCGAAAUUUCAGCAACCAGUAUCCGGUGUGUAGCCUAGACAACUUCAAGAGAACCUUGCUCGAACCCCGAUCGUUAGGGGUUGAGUUUUAUUACAAUCUAGGGUUCGCAGAUAAGAUACUUGGAUUUGAUUCCGGGUGGGUUGGACCUCGAAGCAAUGGAUUCAGGAGUGAGAUGGAAAAGGCCAAUACUAACCUGUCGUUGGUUGACGCCCAAAUCUGCCUCUAUCAUGCCUGGGAAUUUCUCCUCCUGGAAUUGAGUACCUGUUUACCAGGUAACGAUACGCUGAAGAGGCAUUCGCUCCAGGUUGCGCAGCAAUGUUUGGAGGCGAACGAAGAAACACAGACACAUGACCAAGUCUUUGAGCGGCUCGCCGAGUCACGAGUUAAUCUAGCGCUCAUGCUGGUGCAGAGGGUGGUCAACAGCGCUCCCUCUCCAGGUGAUGUUUCCCAGCUCUUGACGGCCUUGUGGGGGACAGUCAGCAGCGUCCAAGAACCGUUUGCGCCGGAGAAUAUUUCACUCUAUCGAGUACUUCUUAAACUACUCUAUGUCACCUUGAGAGCCCAGGUUCAAUCACUAACGACGAAUGCGGCGUCUAAUAAGCAGGGGAGCAAUGCGGCUGCUGCCAUGGUUUCUCAGACGGUCUUAAGCAUACUGGAUAUCACGGUUGCUAAGGGGUUCCGAAGUUUGGUUUCGUUAGUUCACGAUUCCCACACACUAGUCUCCCCGAGUGACUUUGCGCUCAUCAACGCCAUCUUGCAGGCCUGUCUCUGCGUUCCGGGAAUGGAUCAGAACCAGACACAGAUCCUCAACAUCAUGGCCACCCACGAUGCGGUGCAGGCUGCAGUAUCCCUAUACUCGUGGGCUGACAAGUUGGCUGACCAAGGCGACCCCAUAUAUGGCGAACUGUCGCUUUUGUUCUUACUAGAGCUGUCUACAUUGCCUCUAGUAGCAGAACAACUGGCAUGUGACGGUCUACUAAAUCACAUAACGUCAGCUAACCUAGCCACGUACCUUCAACGAGCGAAUGUCAAGCCUUUUGCCGAGUCGGUUGGGCUACAACGGUGUUAUAGCAUAUGGGCCAAGGCCAUUGUCCCAUUACUUCUCAACAUACUGACCGCAUUGGGCACCACCAUCGCCCCCGAAGUAGCCUAUGUGCUCAACCAGUUCCCCAAUCUCAUGCAGUCGAGCGUCGAGCGAUUUGAGCCCCCUGACGAUGGCAGACGGCGAGAUCGCAACGAUCGCGAUUAUAUCACCCUUUUGUCAGUAUCUGAGAUCCACUCGCUGGCUCUCAUGACGCGGGUGCUAGGAGGUCUUCGCGUUAAUAAUGCGAGAGAUAUACCGGCGGUGGAAUGGGACUCGGCGGGACUGUCAGAAAGCGUCGAGUUCUGGGUAGACCGAAGGAAACUUCUCAGGGAGAGGUUGGUGACGCUAGGGGCACGGGAGGCGGAGUGGAGGGUUCUACCAGCCACGGAACGAAACAAAUCAAGGGGGAUCGAGAGCAAGCUAGAGGAGAAGAUAAUCGAGCAGUUGGAGUCUGUACGAAUAGUACUCGGCGAAGGAUUGGAAUGAGUACGAUGAAAUAGGAUAGGGUCUUAGGGGUCUUAGGCAAUGGAGAAUCAUCAGUGCCUACCUACUGGUGCGAUGCCAUUUUUGUUUUGCUUGUUUUUUCUUCCU